AUGCGCGGCAUACGCGGCGUAUGCACGGCGCCGCAAAAACGCUCCGUAGGCACGCGGCUCAUACGCGGCACACAACAUAAAGUUGCGGUCAUCUGCGGCGCACCAGCGGGCCCCCGCAGAGCGUCCCGCUUGCACCCUGAAGCACCAGCACCAGCAGCAGCGAGUUCAGCAACUGACCGAGAUGCCGUGCUCGCCAAGGUGGAGAUGGAGAGGAAGCUGUCGAUGGUCAAGGCGUGGGAGGAGCACGAGAGGAGCAAAGUCGACAACAGGGCUGAGCACAAGAUGUCCUCCAUCCUGUCGUGGGAGAACACCAAGAAGGCUUCGAUCGAAGCCAAGCUGCGAACACGGGAGGAGAAGCUGGAGAAGAAGAAGGCCGAGUACGCGGAGAAGAUGAGGAACCGGAUGGCGACGAUCCACAAGGAGGCUGAGGAGAAGAGGGCGUCCGUGGAGGCGAAGCGGCAGGAGGAGGUGCUCAAGUACCAGGAGACGGCGGCCAAGCACCGGUCAACAGGGACCACGCCCAAGAAGAAAUUUCUCCAGUGUUUCGGCUAAGCGCAUACACAUAUUAGAUAAGUGAAUGAAUAUAUAUACCACGAGUGAAGUUGUCUGCUAUAUAUAGCUAGCUAGAAGAUGUGCUCUUGGCUUUGUUUGGUUGGUUGGAACAUGAU